AUGGAAGAGAAAAAUUUCACCGAAUUGAAGGAGUUCAUUCUUUUAUGUUUCACAGCUGACUUGCAGUUACAAAGAAUACUUUUUUUGGUCUUCCUCAUAAUUUAUGUCUUCUGUCUCCUUGGGAACAUUACCAUGAUUUUUCUGGUUUGUUCUGAUUCUCAACUCCACACACCCAUGUAUUUUUUUAUUGGGAGUCUGUCAUUAUUGGACCUCUGGUAUUCUUCUGUCUUUGCCCCCAAAAUCCUGAUGAUCUGCAUCUCUGAAGACAAAAGCAUCUCCUUUGCUGGCUGCUUGGCUCAGUUCUUCUUCACUGGUGGACUUGGUUUUAGUGAGUGUUACUUGUUGGCUGCCAUGGCUUAUGACUGCUAUGUGGCCAUCGCCAACCCCCUCCUUUAUUUCCAGGCAAUGUCCCCAAGGUUAUGUGCCAGUCUUGUUGCAGCUUCAUACUUUGGUGGCUUUCUUAACUCAGCUAUCAUCACUAGCAAAACAUUUACCCUGAGCUUCUGUGGCAACAAUGUCAUCAAUGGUUUCUUCUGUGAUCUGCCCCCUCUUGUGAAGCUGGCAUGUGAUGUGAAGGAGAGCUACCAGGCCAUGCUCUAUUUCACACUUGCCUCCAAUGUCAUCACUCCAAGCUUACUUAUUCUUGUCUCCUAUCUCUUCAUCAUUGCUGCCAUUUUGAAUAUCUUCUCUAUCCAAGGCCAUCUAAAGUCUUUUUCCACCUGUGGCUCUCAUCUGACAGCUGUCACCUUGUACUCUGGUUCAGUUCCCUUCAUUUACUCUAGACCAAUCUCUAGCUAUGCCCUGAAGUGGGAUAAAGUGGUGUCCGUGUUCUAUACUGUGGUGAUUCCAAUGUUGAACCCUUUGAUCUAUAGCUUAAGAAAUAAAGAUGUGAAAGAAGCCCUGAGGAAAACACUGGACAGAGUCAAGUUAUCUCAACUGAAAAUACUUGGUAAACAAUGA